GGUGCCGAGUGUAGCCACGGAAACACCGUGGGAACUUGGACCCAAAAGAGAUGUGACUGUUUCUCGUGGAAUUUCAUGUUAUGUUUAUAAAAGGUUUGAAGAGAUUUUAGGCCCAGUCAGCGUUUCUGAAGUUCGACACAAACUCCACAGGUCUUCACAGAAGUCAGUCACGGUCCGUAUACCUCCUCUUCCUCCGUCAGAUAAAGAGGGAGAUAAUACUACCACCAGUCGAGUGUUCAUUUUCUGGUCCUGUCACAUACAACCAACCCGAUCUUCAAUCAAGAUGAACCGCUCCAGGGGAAUCAGCGAUGAUAAACAACCCGCUGUCAUAAAAAAUGUGGACAUGGACCAAGAGCUACAAGAUCACGCCACCGAACUUGCGGAUCGUGCUCUUGAAAAGUUUAACGUCGAGAAGGACAUCGCAGCCUACAUCAAGAAAGAGUUUGAUAAAGAUCACAGCCCGACUUGGCACUGCAUCGUAGGCAAGAGUUUCGGAAGCUACGUCACGCAUGAAACCAAGAACUUCAUCUAUUUUUACAUCCGCCAAUAUGCAUUUCUGCUCUUCAAAUCUGGUUAAAUAGUUCAUCAACGUUGUGUGACGCAUAACUCUAAAAAAAAAAAAGUCAGGGGCCACCCGUGAAGACACUCACAGCGGACUGAAAGAAACGUCGUUGUUUUAAACCACUCCUUGUCCUGAACUGAGUAGGUUCCCGACUUCCGAAAAUCUAAUCCGCGGUAGUAGAAUUUAAAGCAGGACAACUUUCUCUACCUGGCAAACAAUGGUGUUGCCGCAAUCCGCAAAUCAAAUAAUGUGUAUUGAUAACUCACCAUGCAAUGCCUCAACUCUCAUAAG